AUGACCGAAACAAUUCUUUUAUGGCCUAGGUGGCGUUCAUUAAUUGUUAAUUGGCUAAAACAGCUUAACGUGUUUGAAUCAUACUCAAACGAUGUGGAUAUGAUACGAUUGGAAAGGCGAUCUACAUGGAUUUAUCUGGUAUUAUUGUUGGUUUCCUUGAUCAUUGUAGUUAUUUAUGCAGGAUCUUUACCACGUACUAAAAUCAUUAAAACUUUUCGACCAUCUGAAAAUGAAUUCAAAAAGCUCUAUGGUAAAUUUUCCAAUACACUUAAAUGUCCAUGUUCUCAAGUUGCAAUACAAUAUAGUUAUUUCACUAAUAUUGAUGUUAAAUUUCAUGAAGUUUGUGAAAGUAAGUUCAUUACACAAGAUUGGAUAGAUUCAGUUUAUCAUGUCAAUGUUUCAAUAAUUCCACCAAAUGAUGUUCGAACGAUCAUGAGUAAUUUCUGGCAAUUCAUUCGUUCAUUCUGCAAUCUAACAAAAGAGACAUUUACCGAUGCCUAUACUGACUUCAAUGCUACAAUCUUAUUGACUCCAGUAACUCAAUCACAAUUUUUUAUUGAGACAAACGUUGAAGCGUCACUUAAUUUCUCAGUUACUUCUGUUGUAUCCAAUCUUAAACGUAAUCUAUUCAUUAGUCGAGAAACAACAUUAGUGAAUGGAUUCAUGUCAAGUUUAGCUACCAACUAUCACAUGGAAUCAGUUUAUUAUGCUUCAUCACCAAAUACAGCACGUGUUCAGAGUCGUGCUAAAAUAUUCGAAGAUGGAUGUGUUUGUUCAAAUUUGAGAGGAUGUCCUCGACCAGUUUCUAUUUUCGAUCUUAAUACAAAAUCUAUUGAAACAAAUAUAACUGGUAUGAUAUUCGACUGUUUACUUCUAGACGGUGUUCUUGCCUCAUCACUUGACUGCUUUUAUCAGUCUUCAUGUUUAUCUCUGCUCCAAAAUGAAACAAUUAUUCCAAUAGGGGUACAACCACUUAAUGCUUCGAGUCGAUUCACACAAACAACUACUAUAGGACAACUUCUAAGUGAACUUAUGAUUGAAAAAUUAACAAAAAAGAUUAACUUUUUACACUACUACACUGAGUGCAAUCCUGCAUUUUGCACAUAUUCACAUACUAGCCAGUUUGAUGUACUGUUUGUUAUUACAAUGGUGGUUAGUGCAUAUAGCGGAUUCUCAAUUAUACUAAGAUUUUUAUCUCCAGUUUUGGUCAUGCUGAUAAUUAAGAUAUAUAAGUGGAAAACAAGACAGCAUUCGAUUGAACAUAAUGACAGUUAUCAAUUAACGAAUCGUAUUUUCUUUUUAUUUUCUCGUAAGUGAUAAAUAAUAAAAGAACAGAAUUGAUAAUAUAUUUAAUAUUAUCCAGAUCAAAUGAUUAAUAUAUCAAAAGCUUUCCUCGGGAUCUCCAUUAAUUUCUUUUGUAUUUUAUUUGGCAACAUUAGAGACGAUUAUAGAAUGUUGAUGCAAGGGUUAUAAUCUAUAACGAAAGGAUGUCUGUAAGACAGUGAAAUUGACUCUCUAAAUUCGCAUUCCAAUAUAUAUUUACUAUUUUUAAAACAAUUUUUCAUAAGAAAGUUUCAAGAAAAUCAAUUCAGAUAUGAUUUUUUGAUCGAUCAUACAGUAAUUUUGAAAUUGAAAGUUUUGAGGAAACGCGUGUCUUGGUAUUUUUUUCAAUCAAUUCGUUGAUUGAACUACUCAAUAGGAGCCAUUCAGAACUGAUAGUGUUUCUAGUAUAACCAUUAGUGCGAAUCGAGAAUUCUCUUAAAUCUAUUAGUGAGAGUACUUAGUCAACAAUGGAAGUAGUUGAUUGAUAGACUCUUUAGUUCGAGAACUGCAUAGCUACCUGGCAUUUAACAUAUUUAUUUUGUUAUUAUUUCUUAUUAUAUAUGGGUCUAUUUCAUUAGCAAUACUUUUACGACUUUCAUUUAGGUCAAGCGCUCGUUAAUCAAUACCAGAAAUUGAUCACUAUUAUCCGAUCAACAAUUCAUAAUUUGAAUUUAUUCAAAACUACAUUUGCAAAUGAUGACAUCGUGCGUCGACAACAUAUUACAUCUUGGGUUUAUAUCUUCUGUAUUACUAUUAGUCUUCUUAUAUUGAGUUCUUACUGGUUAUUAUCAAAUCAAAUGAAGAUCGUUACCUUAUCAAAUCCAUCUCUAGCUGAUUAUAAUCGUCUAUGGGUGAUUCAUUCACACAAUCUCGAGUGUCCAUGCUCACAAAUAUUUAUUCCACAUUUGAAUUUCAUUCAUAUUGAGCCUGUUUUUCAUCAACUAUGUUCAAGUAAAAUUACUUCACCGAAUUGGUAUCGAAAUUUAGAAAUAGCUGAUGAUAUAAGGCUUGGGUACGCAAGAACAUUUGAAAUAUCUCUCGGUAUAGAUUACUUUCGAGCACUUGAUGCAUUUUGUUCUUUAGUCAAAAACUUUACUGCUGAUGCUUAUCGAUUGUUUUCAUCUAAGAUAUUUAUAAGCAGUCAAGUUUUACCUGAUUCAUUCUUCAGUAAAGAAAUGGUCAUUUUGACUGAUACAUUCACUGAGUCGACUACUGUUCGAUUCGCUAGAAUCUUCGAGUUCACUCGCAAUAUCAUUCAAACAGAUCAGCUUGCUUCUCGAACAUUUUCAAGUUUCCAAAUGUCAUCACAACCUAACGGUAUACUGUUACCAAGUGAACAAUUCAGCUCUAUACCAAGUCCCAAUUUUCCUGCAGUAGUCCGUUUUGUAUGCUCAUGUUUGAGUGUUGGUUCUCAAUGUGGCUCCUAUGCAUUCAUCUCGAAUUCCAAUACUUCACGAAAUUUUUAUAUAAAUCGAUAUCUAUUCAACAGAUGUCUAUUAACAGAUUCAGUACUCAGCUCAGCGCUCGAGUGUUGGUAUAAUGCUUCUUGUUUUAGUUCUGUGGAAGAUGCAUAUGCUCAAGCAGGAAUCUUCAACAAAUUCGAUGGUAUUCUCAAUGACAGGAAUAUUUUAAGUCGAUUUCCUAUGAAUAGGGAUUUUGGAACAAUGAUGAACGAACUUUUGAUAGAAGAUUGGAUAAACAAUGUUUCUUAUAAUAAUUAUUUCGAUAAAUGUGCUCCAUUGUCGUGUUCCUUUACUAUUGAACAAAGAUUCGAUUGGUUUUUUGUUUUUGCCAAUAUCUUGGGUCUUUAUGGUGGUUUAAGUAUUGGUCUUAAAUUGAUUUUACCCGUUAUUGUUUCACUUAUUCUGUUAACGUUGAGACAAAUUUCAAAUCGAACUCGAAUUCGUCCUGAUUGUCAACUGGCACAAACGAAUGAAAGUGUCAAAUCGAAUAGUGAGUAAGACGAAACAUUUUCGGUGAAGAAAGAUCAGUCGCAUUAUUCGUUUUAGUUCUCUACUAACGAGGGAACGUUCCCAAGUGAUUAAAAGCUUUUGAGCUCAUAUGUUGCCCAUUAGGUAGGGAACCACUAGAUUAGAGAAACCUCCAAAGGAUUCGUGCCCAUAUUGAGAUUUGACAGAGAUAUCGAAUUUUUAGUGGAUUUUUCCUGCUGGACCCUAGUUCUACAGCAAAAUCAUAUUUUCGAAUUUCGACCUGAAACUUUGCCCAAAUGAAGGCCUCAAUCAGAGUAGCUUGUAUAAAAAAUUUCAGAAUUUUUGGACAUUGCAUUUCCAAGGUAUCAAUUUUUGAAAAUAUAGGCACUUUUCUAUAUAUAACAUGGAUACUUUGAAAGAUUGAUACAUUGGAGAUGCAAUGUCCAAAAAUUCUGAAAUUUUUUAUACAAGCUACUCUGAUUGAGGCCUUCAUUUGGGCAAAGUUUCAGGUCGAAAUUCGAAAAUAUGAUUUUGCUGUAGAACUAGGGUCCAGCAGGAAAAAUCCACUAAAAAUUCGAUAUUUCUGUCAAAUCUCAAUAUGGGCACGAAUCCUUUGGAGGUUUCUCUAAUCUAGUGGUUCCCUACCUAAUGGGCAACAUAUGAGCUCAAAAGCUUUUAAUCACUUGGGAACGUUCCCUCGUAAGUAUAAUCAAGGGUAUAGAGAGAGAAGAGUAAAGAAAUGUUAGAUCUCAUUCUUUCUUAUGUAAUAAAAUACUUUGUCGCUAGACAGAAGUUUAAAAUGUACCCCUCGAGAGAAUUCCUUUUCUUCUCAACUGCUCAACCUUCUUCUCUUCAGAAAUUUCAGUGUAUAUGCCUGUUUAACUAUGAUGACACAAAUGUUCGAUCAUUCAAAAUAUAGCUUCUUUUUGUAUGCUGUAACACUUUUCCUUUUUUAGCAAAAAGGGUUCAGUGUAAAGUACAGACAACAUUAUUUUAUUAAAAUAAUGGAAUUUCUCAACACAUUAACUAAAAGAAUUACAGAUAUAUAUAUAUUGAGUAUCUUUUAUUGUCAAGGUUUAAACCUUCGAAGAGAAUUUACCAUGUAAACGGCUUGGUUGAAUUCGUUUAUUUGUUGCUUAGUUCAGAAUACGAGAACUAAUUUGUUUUCGUAUGAUUUCGCUUUGUUUAUAGGGUGUCCAGUAAUUCACUAGAGUUGGAGAAAAAAAUUUGAAUAUUUUCAUGAAUCUUCAACCAAAUGAGCUGAAUUUUUUUUGGAAGGUAGAGGACACGUAGCAGGUUUUAUUCAUAACAGAACAGGUCGUUUAUGCGGAUGAACUCAGCACACUUUUCUUCGCUAUGUAAAUAAGCUAGGCACAAACAUUUGUUGUUCAUAGUUAUAAUGCAAUACUGUACGAUAAUCUUUUCUUUAUUUAUUAGGAAGCAUAGUUGACAUACAAUGCGAUAUUAUUAGUAUGAAAGAAACUGUCCUUCGUUGUUCAAGCAGUCACGAA